GCGCUGGGUACUAGUUCCUGACGGACUCACUGCUCUGGGGCCACCAGCUGGAGGCGGGACAAGUACCCCCCCCUUCCCCUGCCCUUUGCUGGCGGGGGUGGGGGAGGUUGGCUACUCCGAGGUGAAGGACUGGGACCCACCAGUCAGGCCGCCAGCGAAGGUUCCGGUUGUCUCCCUUUCAGGGUGGAAGAAUGACAGAAAAGAAAGAUGGGAGAAUGUUGAACCACUUUGUAUGGCUGUAUGAUGGAAGGAAACGGAACUGAGGACCCCUGCAGUAGAACACUUGGAUGGCUCCGACAAAAUAAUGAUGCUAAGCCAUGGCUCUGGAAAUUUUCUAAUUGCUUUUCUCGUCCUGAGCACACAUUGCCACUUAGCCCCCACACGAAAGAUUACAUGGAGAACGAGAAAGCUGCUGUGGAGUUAAAGGACGUGCCGUCUCCCCUUCAUGCUGGCUCUAAACUUUUCCCAGCAGUCCCGCUUCCAGAUAUUCAUUCUCUCCAGCAACCUAAAAUACAGCUUUCACCUGUCCCCAAAGUAAGCUGCUGCGCUCAUUGCCCUAAUGAACCCUCCACUUCGCCGAUGCGUUUUGGUGGUGGCGGUGGCAGCGGUGGUAGCGGAGGUAGCGGUAGCUUGAUUCACCCAGGCGCACUGUUAGACUCACAGAGCACCAGGACAGUCACGUGUCAGGUAGGCUCAGGGUUUGCCUUCCAGUCUGCAUCUUCGCUCCAGAAUGCCUCAGCUAGGAACAAUUUGGCCGGCCUUGCAAGUGACUUCCCCAGCAUGUGUCUAGAGAGUAAUCUAUCUUCCUGCAAACACCUGCCCUGUUGUGGAAAGCUUCAUUUCCAAUCCUGCCAUGGUAACGUGCACAAGCUGCAUCAGUUUCCGGCUCUCCAGGGCUGCGCCUCCGCUGGCUAUUUCCCCUGUUCUGAUUUCACGAGCGGGGCUCCGGGGCGUUUGGAAGAGCACAUUUCACAGUCGGAGCUAACGCCUCACUUGUGCACCAAUUCUUUGCACCUAAACGUGGUACCUCCGGUUUGUUUAAAGGGCUCACUUUACUGCGAAGACUGUCUCAACAAGCCGGCAAGAAAUAGUAUAAUUGAUGCUGCUAAAGUCUGGCCAAAUAUACCACCUCCAAAUACUCAAACUGCACCUGUUACUAUUCCUCUGUGUAAUGGCUGUGGAACCAAAGGAGCAGGGAAGGAGACCACGUUGUUAUUGGCGACCAGUCUAGGCAAAGCUGCUUCGAAAUUUGGGUCACCAGAAGUUGCACUAGCCGGACAGGUGCUGGAAAACUUACCCCCCAUUGGAGUUUUUUGGGAUAUUGAAAACUGUUCAGUUCCCUCUGGCCGCUCAGCUACUGCUGUUGUACAGAGAAUCCGUGAGAAGUUUUUUAAAGGCCACAGAGAAGCAGAAUUCAUCUGUGUGUGUGACAUCAGUAAAGAAAACAAAGAAGUUAUUCAAGAGCUGAAUAAUUGCCAGGUGACCGUGGCCCACAUCAACGCUACCGCCAAGAACGCGGCUGACGACAAACUGCGCCAGAGUCUCCGAAGGUUUGCGAACACUCACACUGCUCCAGCCACUGUGGUUCUCGUGUCGACUGAUGUCAAUUUUGCAUUGGAGCUUAGUGAUCUGAGACACAGGCAUGGUUUCCACAUAAUUUUGGUCCAUAAAAACCAGGCCUCGGAAGCACUGCUGCAUCAUGCUAAUGAGCUGAUCAGAUUCGAAGAGUUCAUUUCCGACUUGCCCCCCAGGUUACCACUAAAAAUGCCACAGUGCCACACUCUGCUCUAUGUUUAUAACCUACCAGCAAAUAAAGAUGGCAAGAGCAUCACCAACAGGCUCAGGCGCCUGUCUGAUAAUUGUGGUGGGAAAGUGCUGAGUAUCACAGGCUGCAGUGCAAUUCUCCGCUUCAUAAACCAAGAUAGUGCAGAACGGGCUCAGAAGCGAAUGGAAAACGAAGAUGUCUUUGGUAAUAGGAUCAUUGUGUCAUUUACUCCAAAAAAUAGAGAACUCUGUGAAACAAAGAGUUCCAAUGCAAUUGCUGAUAAAGUGAAGUCUCCCAAAAAACUUAAGAAUCCAAAAUUGUGCCUCAUCAAAGAUACGAGUGAACAAUCUUCCAGUGCCAAAGCCACGCCUGGAAAAGGGUCGCAGGCAAAUUCUGGAUCUGCUACAAAAAACACAAAUGUUAAAAGUUUACAGGAGCUCUGCCGCAUGGAGUCAAAGACUGGCGCUAGAAGCAGUGACUCCCAGCAAGGCCACCUGAGGCUGGUGGCGCCUCCCCACAGAAGCUUGAGCGCUGUAGCGCCCACACCCAAAAACUCGGGGACGGCAGAACCUGCUUACAAAACCAACCCGAAGAAAGAGAACCCCUGUCCCCGGAGUGUCACCAGCUCUCCUGUAGAGAACAAAGAGAAAGAGGAGACUCCGUUCCAAGUGAGUUACCCAUCUGCUUUCAGCAAGCUGAUCACGUCACGGCAAGUCAGUCCCCUGCUCGCAGCACAGUCUUGGUCUUCUCGCAGGAGUAUGUCUCCAAACCUUUUAAACAGAGCGUCCCCACUUGCUUUCAACAUUGCAAAUUCGAGCAUUGGUGCUGACAGCCCAGACCCGUUUGCAAAUGGUGCUGACAUCCAGAUCAGCAACAUCGACUACAGAUUAUCCCGGAAGGAGCUGCAGCAGCUUAUGCAGGAGGCAUUUUCUAGGCACGGCAAGGUGAAGAGUGUUGAGCUCAGCCCCCAUACAGAUUAUCAGCUCAAGGCUGUUGUUCAGAUGGAGAACUUACAAGAAGCAAUCAGUGCGGUGAAUAGCCUCCACAGAUACAAAAUUGGCAGCAAGAAGAUCCUGGUCUCACUUGCCACAGGAGCUGCUAAUAAAUCACUCUCUUUACUGAGGUAAAAACAAACCAUUUAUUUCAGGAAAUAACUUUUUGGCCCAGAAACAACUUUGGAAAAAAUAAAAUAGAUUUCAUCACAUUCCCAACCCUCUUUGAUGAUUACACACGCAGCAAUGUUUAUUCUCACUUGUGACAGAACUUAGAAAAUGAGCUAGAAGGUAGCAAUAAGCUGGUUAGAAUAAUUCACCUCUUAGUCAAGUCCACUACUCAAAGGUGAAGUACAGCUUAAACUUGGCAGGCGGUUAGGAGUAAAAUAAUACACCGCAUAUCCAGAACAGGUUCUAAAAAUAGUAGCCCUCUACAGUAAAUGUUUAUAAGCCUGGAAAGUCUGAAAUGUUCCCUUCAAAUCUUAGGAGAAGGUGGGUUUGUCUGUAGAGGGUAGAUCUACGAAGCUGCAAGCUCUCAACCUGCAGAUAUAUCCUUGGCCUCAAAUAGACAGCUCUGUAAGUCUGCCUUCAACUCUGUCAAUUGUAGGAAUCUGGUGGUGCUUUCAUUCUUAAUGUGCUUUGAUUCUUCUUCGGCUUUCCCUGUUUUGGGGACAACUAGUAAAACAGAACUCACUCCUAAAAAUCUGUUUAAACUCUCAAAGAUCUUUUUCCGUAACGUGUACUUCACCAUUAUUUUAAAUUAUGUUUUUUUCCCCUAGAAUAAAAAUAAUAAUGCUCAUUGAAGAAACUUUGGAAAG